CGGGGCGGGGCCCGCGCGGUCACGUGGGCAGGAUGCCUAUACGGUCGCCCUUCCUAGACCGAGGGGACGGAGAUCUUAGCGCUCUCGGGAUUCGGACUCCCCGCCGAUAUGGCCGUUUGGGACGAGUGCAGGAGCUGCUUGACGCCGGGCCUGCUGCAGCACCAACUGGCCAUCGUCACCGGAGGGGCCACGGGUAUCGGAAAGGCCAUCGCCACGGAGCUGCUGCACCUGGGGUGUAAUGUGGUCAUUGCAUCUCGUAACUUUGAUAGAUUAAAAUCUGUUGCAACGGAACUGAAGGCCAGUCUGCCCCCCAACAACCAGGCUCAGGUCACUCCCAUAAAAUGCAACAUCCGCAAUGAAGAGGAGGUGGAGAAUUUGGUCAGAUCCACCUUAGAUGUUUACGGUAAGAUCAAUUUUUUGGUAAACAAUGGAGGAGGCCAGUUCACGUCUCCUACAGAACACAUCAGUGCAAAGGGAUGGCAUGCUGUGAUUGAGACCAACCUGACGGGCACCUUCUACAUGUGCAAAGCAGUUUACAAGUCCUGGAUGAAAGAGCACGGAGGAUCUAUUGUCAAUAUUAUUGUCCUUACUAGAAACGGAUUUCCAGGAUUUGUGCAUUCUGGAGCCGCUAGAGCAGGGGUUUACAACCUCACCAAGUCCUUGGCUGUGGAAUGGGCUAGCAGUGGAGUAAGGAUCAACUGUGUUGCCCCUGGAGUCAUUUAUUCCCCGACUGCUGUUGAAAACUAUGGUCCGUUGGCAAAAAACACAUUUGCAAGGUUCUUUAAGAGAAUCCCAGCUAAGCGAAUUGGAGUUCCUGAGGAGAUCUCCCCGCUGGUCUGCUUCCUGCUGUCCCCUGCGGCUUCCUUCAUCACCGGACAGUUGGUGGAUGUGGACGGGGGCCAGUCCUUGUACACGCACAUCUUCGAUGUACCAGACCACGACAACUGGCCUGACGGAGCAGGGGACCUUUCUGUCGUCAAACAGAUGAAGGAGGAUUUCAGGAGUAAAAGCAAGCUCUAAGCUAAGGAAACUACACGUGUCUUUUGUCUCCAAAUGCCUUAAUGUCUCAAGAGUGCACUUUGGUACUUUCCAGGAGCUGAUAAUAUGAAGGGAACUAUCACUUUCUGCCUUUUAAUGUUAUCAGUCAUGCCUAUGCAAAAACUGUUCUUGAAAUAAUGCAUGUUUAAGCCCCAAACAACACUGUUUAGCCUGUGAUUAAAGAUUUCUGCUUUAGGAAUGGGGCUUAACAUACUUUAUGAUGAUGCCUUUCAUUUCUAAGCAAGCUAAUUGAAAAAUGAAAUCAUUUUAAAUUAUUAAUAGAGGUAUCAUGAUCUCCCAAAAAGGUUUUAAUAUUUGGUUGUAAAGGUGGGCAGUAAACCUGGCCUCUGGAUGAUUCUUAAAACUCUGUAUAUAGAAGAUAUACAGUGUAUAGAGAUAGACAGUGAUUCAUGUCUCAUGGUGGGUAUCAUGCUUUUGGAGCCAUAAAGCUUUAUGAUAAUAAUCGAUGAUGAUUUGUUUUGUUCAUGAAGUUAGAUUUGCAUAAAGCCUCUUGAAUCAGAAGAGAAGUAGAGUCAUGUGCAGCAUUUCUUGGAA